AUGACUCGUAAGUUUUAAUACGUUAGUCUAAUUCAUUGAUGUUUUCUUUAGGUGGAAAUCAAAGAGAUUUGGCUCGUGAGAAGAAUCAAAAGAAACAACAAGAAGCCAAGAAAAAGUUAGGAGCCGCUGGACAAACUGGAAAUGCUGUAUGUUUUAUUUUUUCUAUGAUAUUCAAUUAUUUUGUUGAUUUUCAGGGUCUCUCAAUGGACGGAAGAAUGAAUCGAGAUGCUGAUAUUAUGAGAAUCAAACAAGAAAAGGCUGCAGCUAAAAAAGCCGAAGAUGCGGCUGCAGCUGCUGCAAACGCCAAGAAAGUGGCAAAGGUUGAUCCACUGAAAAUGUAA